GCCAGGAAUCGACCUGGUAAGAAAGGAAUCAUUAACUAGUUUGGAAUCUUCCCAAACAGUGGAGUGCAGUGAAUUUCAAAGUAUGGCUUUCUUGCAGUCUUUGGGUAAGGAAGGUUGGCUGGAAGGUAUUAAGAGAAGAAUUCGAAUUAAAAAAUGUAAAAGCGUAGAAAGCUCACCUCUCAAAAUAACUGAAAAUGAGGCAACACAAAAUAUUAAGGUUGAAUUCCAAGAAGAACUGUACAAGAAUGCUCCAAAAUAUACAUGUAAUGGCUUGUCUCCUGGAGUAGAAAGUAAUUCCAUUUUAAAAUUACAUGAUUGCAAUUGUUUCCCCCAUUCCAAGGGUUGUAAUGAUGAAAACAACUUUGCAUAUAAACCCAAUGGUGGAUGUAUUCAUGUAGCAGAAAAUUCCUCAAAGUUAAAGAAAGAAAACCUUAAGAGUCUGGCAGAAAAGAGUGACCUAAAUAGUAUUCCUCAGUUCUUACAAACUGAAGAAAAUUUAGUGGAAAUAAACAAGUUACUGCUUGAAGAAAGUGAUGUAUACAAAAAUAAUGGCUUGCUUUCCUGCCUUCAAAGUGAAAAACAUAAAUAUUCAACAGAGGAGAGUAAUGUUGGAAGAAAACCCAGAAAGAGGAUGAGGUUGUCUGAAAAAGGAAAUGAAAUGGUCAUUGAGAUGAAUUUCUCUAAUGUGUGUAACAAGUCUGAGCUCUUGCUGCAAGAAAACCAAAUGGGUGGCGAAGGUAAAGAAACAGAGACUUUAGAGGCUAAGAGAAGUCCUCUAAAAGUUUUGAGGAAAGCAAACCAUGACACACUCUCUCCAAUGGAUCAUUUAUUUAGUGUCCCAGAAACAGUAGGGAAAAAAAAAAGUCCUGGCCAUCACGUUAAUGCCAUGUUUCAAAAAACCCGUGAGACGUUGUUGAAAGAACAAACAAAGAGUGCCUCAGAGCUCCUAGGAUGUAAAAACAAAGAGCCAGAAGAGUGCUUGAGGUUGAUGAAAAGUUCCAUAGCGAAAUCAUCUAGUGACUGCCAUCAGGUUGAAAAAAGGUCUUCACGGGAAGACUUGAGAAAGGAAGCCGAAGAAGCAAAGUUAAGCUGUCACAGAACAAUACCAAUGACUGGCAAACGGACUUGGCCUUAUUAUUCAUGUGCUAGAGUAUCUGCCUAUUGUUGGAGAAAGUCUGCUUUGUCCAAAUCAGAUUUUCUUCUUGGGUCUCAGGAAAGUUUUAAACAAGAUGAUUUUCUUAAACAUCAAACAGACCAGACUUAUGUAACUGAUGCCAGAUUAUUGUCACAAAGUUCCUUAGCAGAAGCAAACUUUGACUCCUCUGGUACAGAAAAAUUAAAUUUGAUAAAUAGUCUGUCUUCAGUGUCUGCAGUAGAACCAGCCCUAAUGGUUAUGAAGGAACCUAUAAUCAAUGAUGAUGAAAAGGUAAAGUCUGAAGAACCAAGCCUAAGUGGGUCAGAGGUAGUUUCUAGUACUACUGAAGAUAUUCAGCUAGGAAACGCGACUCAAAGCUUAACAGGAAGUAAAAAAAGAGAUAGAGGGAAUUUAACAAAACUUAAGUUGACAAUGGCUUCCCAGGAUGGCCAGGAAGCAAGUAGCUCUAUGGGCAAAAGUAUUCAUCGAAAAGCGUGCGUUGCUAAGCCAACAUUUGUGGAUCCAGACUUGGUUAAAAUACUGAACACAGGACGGCUGGCUAAUUUUAAAAUUCCUUUACUUAAGAAUAAGACAGAAAAAGGAAAAGUAAAUGCUAAGUCAUCAGAGAGAGAUGCUUAUAGCCCCUUAGAACUUCUUGACAGCUUACCCGGAGCAGAUGUAAGACAGAGCAGGAGUAAAGAAAAUGUCUCCAUGGCAACUUCAGGACCCCAAUCUUUGAGCAAAUCCUGUAGCAUUUCUCCAGGCUUUACCAAGCAAGGUAAUGAUAACAAACCAUCUAAGCACAUCUCUGAACCAGGCAAUGUUAUUUCUAAUAAAAAAGCUGUUUCUCUCACACUUGAAGAUAAUACUUGUGACCCUGGGUAUAUAGAGAAAAGUCUUUCCUUCUGCUCUAAUGGACAAGCGACAUUCAAAUCAGUUUCCUCUGAAGUUGGCAAAAAAAUGACAAAGAGCUUCUCAGAACUCAAAGUCGGGUUUCCAGAUAUUCUUAAAGCAUAUGAAGAUGAUGUCCUUUUAAUUGAUGUCAUUCAGGAUGACCCAGAUCUCUUUGGAGUCUCCUGUGAUGGGGAGCUCUCAUUUACCUCAGAGGUCCCCAUAAUAAGCCAGGAGCCCAUUGUUGCUGAAGAGCACCAAUCAACAGACUCCAAGCACAUGGAACUUCCGGGGGGAAAUGAACCAAGCUAUGAUUCAAGAGAACUUCCUGAACUGGGUCCUGGACUGACGAAGUCAAAGAUCUGUGCUCCCUUGUCAGCAGCACAAGAGAUAAAACAUGAUUCUAAAGGUGCAGAUAUUUCCUUAGAAGUUACUAAUGAGACCUCUAAAAAUGAAACACUGGGAGACUUCAGUGAACAAACAAAAGGUUCAGCCUUGGAUGAAAAGUGUAGAUUCUCAGACAAAGUGAUUAUUGAGGAAGGAAAAGGACAUACUUAUGAAGCUUGCAAAAGCAACAACGCCAGACACGUGGAGACAGCGGCUGGCACGUACCAGCGAGCAGGGGGAGCCCAGGCUGUGCGUGUGCUGGUGCCCCCACCCAGUCAGAGCGGCUGUCAGGAAGACGCGGCGACACAGUCCUGGGUGCACGAUUUCAGAUUUCCAGGAAAACAUUCCAUCAUAAAGCUACAGAAUCCUGAAACUUGUGAAGAAGUAUUUAAGAGAGAAAAACAUGUAGGGGUGUUCCAGAAGCCACUAGGAUUGAUGAUACCCCAUAGAUACUGUAAAUUUCAUUUUAAUACAUUCCGUGGCUGUGAGCGAUCACCGUGCAAGUUUGCGCAUGUGCCUGAGCAGGGCGAUGAGAAGGUGUGCAUGGAUGUGUUCAAGAAAUAUAUAAGUGUCAAUGAGCUGUGUUUGCUGCAGCGUGCAGUGAGCAUGUUCCUGGAGUACUACAGGAAGUUCCCUCCGGGCGUGCACUUCGAUGCCCAAGUGCUCAAUGACCUUCUGAGUGCCUUGCUCAGACACUGCUUGUUGAAAGAAGUGCUUCAGGUGGUGAGCCUCGGCCUCACGGUUAACAUGCUGCCUGCUCUGAAAAUAUUGCUGAAAGUAUUCGAGCACGUGGCAACUAUGAAAUUAAGGAAUGCGGUACCUGCUCUAAUCGAUGUCUUCUGUAAGCUUGUCGAGGCUGGGAUGCUGCUUGACCCAGAACACUGUAAUUACAUCAUUAAGCUCCUGCACCAAGUACAGGCUUCCAAAGAAGAAGUAAGUGCAGUGCUGGAAGUGAAGUCCAGGUUACAGAUGAGGCAAUUCACCAAGAACUGGAAGUGGGACUUAGAUGCGGCCUUGACUGAGAUAGAGCAUUGUAAAGAAAAAGGUGACUGGACCAAAUUGGGAAAUUUAUACAUUAACAUAAAAAUGGGCUGUGAAAAUUUUGUAGAUUUCCAGAGACUUUGUGCUUGUAUUGCUGAAGCACUAACAAAAGACUCUCAAGAAGAAAGACCGUGCGUCCCUUUCUGUGAAUUUGCUGAAACAGUUAGCAAAGACCCACACAAUAGCGAAGUAGACAGAACCCUGCUGGGAAGGAUCGGAAUCAGUGCCCUGUACUCCUGUCACAGGCUGUCCCAGUGGCCCAAGGGAAGGAAGGUCUUAGAUAAACUAUAUGAGUUAAAAAUACACUUCACAAGUUUAAAAGGGCUAAUAGGGCCCGAGAGAUUAGCACCGAGGUGUCAAAUUGUGAACGUUGCUGCUGAGAUCUUUCUGAAAAGCGGAAGCCUGGACGGUGCCAUUUGGGUGUUGAGGGAGUCACAGUGGACCAUCAGCACGCCCCUGUGGCCAUGUGGCAGACUGGAUGUGCUCAGCCGGCGUGCUCUGCUCUGUACGAUUGCACACGAGAUCUUGGGCAAGAGCCUGUACAGACAGACAUUUGAAGUUCUGCAGAACCUGCCGGGCUUUCAGAACUCCCAAGAAAAAGUGGAAGUCUCACAGUAUAGCCUUCUUUUCAAUAAGCUUCUAGAUGCCUGUAUAGAAAGCAACAGUCUUGGAAGGAGCUGUUUAUGGCUCAAAGCCAGAGCCCACUACAAAAGUGCUCUCUCCCUGGGGUGCUACCCGCCAUCGGAGGGACGCAUCUACCGCAAACUCCUGCUGAUCCCUUCUUACUUAUCUGAGAUCGAAAUGCUUUUAGCUGUGGAGGUCUUCCUGGUAGCCAACGCGAGCAGUAUCCAGAGUCCGGGCGCGUCCACACAGGCACUGCAGAUCGUUUUGAAAAGAUGUGAAGAAAACAAAUCUCGGAGCAAAGACGACUACCAGGCCGCGGUAAGAAGGCUGAUCACUGCCGCCCGUAUUUCAGACCCGAAGCUCUUCAUCAAGCACGUGACGGUCAACGUGGACAAGGAGCAGGUGUGCAGCCUGGAGCCCUGCUCCGCCCUCAAGUGGCUCAGGGAGAACCUGAAGUGGGCCGCCAAGGUCUGGCGCUUCAGCGACCGCUAGUCCCAUAGGCUGUUUGUUUGUUUAAGUUUAAUCAUUGUUGAAAUGAA